UAGAACAAUUGUAUAUGAAUUUUUCAUCCUAUUUCUACGUCGAAUUGUUGUUUCAAAUCAAGUAAUUGAUUGUGUCGACAUGAAACCUACUGUUGUGGCCGAUGAAAUGUUCCCCGAAGGCGCUGGUCCAUACAUGGAUCUUGAAGAGGCUGGUGGAUCCAGUGGAUUGUUGAUGGAUCUUGCUGCUAAUGAAAAAGCGGUGCAUGCUGACUUUUUCAAUGAUUUCGAUGAUUUGUUCGAUGAUGAGGAUCUGAACUGAUGAACACUGUGAUCAACAAAGGUCUUAAAUUCUUUCAAACUUGAUAAGUUCGAGUAAUACCGAUAUAAUGAUUUGUGUUACAAAAAAUGAAACACUCAAUGCUGAAUAAACUGUUCUUAUAAAAAUAUUUGUUUCAUCAUUGUUAGAUAACUCUGUUGAAUAUUCAUUUCACUUUGCGAGAAUUAUUAUGAACUUAAUGAAGCAAAAUAUCACAAACUGCUUUACAACUCAGAUUUUAGGAUGCUGUGACAAUCUGAGCAAUGUAUCUAUAUAGCACACACAUGUUAACCAGAAGUAGCUAAUAAUAGAAAGAACCUAGUUAACUAAAGAUGAAACUAAUUUAUUUAAAUGGCAUUGAAAACUAUUUACAUCUAGCCAGAAUAUAAUGCCUCAUUUAUCAAUUGAAAAUUAAAAAUUGCAUUAGCCUAAAUAAUGGCAAAAAUUCAGACAAGCUUAAGUAUAGCAUGAACAUAGUAAUUUAAUAACGACCAAUUAAUAUAAAUGAGAGGUCCAAAUUUAUUUACAAUCAUUCAAUUAAUCCAGCUAUUUGUGAAAUGUUGUAAUAAUUAUUGUGUACAAGAUACACUUUUUUGACAUAUAUCCGAAGAUGCUGCUUUACAGACCCUAUCCUCAUUAUACAUAUUCAGUAUCAGAUCAGUUACUGUCAGUAACACAUGUUUGUAGGUAGCUGACCUCUAAAAUCAUUUACAAACCUAAUCAUAGAUUGCAAUUAUUA